AUUAUAAUUUGUUAGAGUAAAUUUCAUCGGCUUACGAUCAAGACCGCCACAAAUUAACGUUACCCAGAUCCGCGGUUGAAGAGGGUGAGCUGCGAGUUGAACCAGUUGGUGAGUAGCGCGCUUGGAGAAUCUAUGGAGACUAACCGGAAAAUAUAUCUUUGAUUGUUUCAGAGAGUAGAGUUCUUCUGCGGCAUCAACUUUUCCUUUAAACCUCCUUAGCUUAAAUAAUCCUUAUCCUUUCCGUUUCUUCCAAGAUGAAACCUCAGUGGGAAAUUGUUGGAAGAUGAUAAACUAAUCCACCUGACAAUCCACUGUAUCUGACCGCGAAUUGUCUAAACCGGGGAUUCCAGUUGCUUUCUGGAGUUCCAUGAGUGCUAGUAGACAGAGGACCCUCGGAGGUGGGGGCCAGCAUGUAUUAGAUUAUCUGAAACGUAUGCAAGUUGAGAAUCCUUCUUUUUUCUAUGCAAUUCAGGGUGAUAGUGAGCACAAUGUGGGAAAUAUAUUUUGGGCAGAUGCAACAGCCAGGAUGAACUAUACUUAUUUUGGAGAUACUGUUAUUGACACAACAUAUAGGGCUAAUCAAUAUAGGCUUCCGUGAGCUGCUUUCACAGGCCAAAAUCAUCAUGGAUAUCCGGUGUUGCUAGGCUGUGCACUAAUUCUCAAUGAGUCCGAGUCGUUGUUCACAUGGGUUAUUUCAAAACUUGGGCUUCAUGCAAUGUCUGGACGCCAUCCUGUUUCUAUUACAACUGAACCCAACAGGCUUAUACAGGUGGCUGUUGCAGAAGUACUUCUUGAAACCCGCCUUCGUUUCAGUAAAUGGAUCAUUUUCAAAGAAACUCAAGAUAAACUGGCUAAGAUAUAUCAGUCCAAUCCUACAUUUGAAACUGAAUUUAAGAAGUGCAUCAAUGAGUCGGAAACAACUGAUGAAUUUAAGUCAUCCUGGGAAUCUCUAUUACAAAGGUAUUAUGUAAUGGAAAAUGAAUGGCUGCAGUCAAUGUACAAUGCUCGACAACACUGGGUCCCUGUUUACAUGCGCAACACUUUUUUUGGAGAGCUGUCUGCAAGUGAGGGAAUUGGAGCUUUAAACUCAUUCUUCGAAGCAUUCGUGAAUGCUUCGACCACCAUACAAAUGUUGAUUAAACAGUAUGAGAAAGCUGUUGCUUAUUGGCAUGAGAAGGAGUUAAAAGCAGAUUAUGACACAACCAACACCACCCCAGUUCUGAAGACGCCGUCCCCUAUGGAAAAACAAGCAGCUAGCCUGUAUACAAGGAGAGUAUUUAUGAAAUUCCAAGAGGAAUUGGUUGAGACCCUUGCAAACCCUGCGACUAAAAUCAAUGAUUCAGGAACAGUUAUGAUUUAUAGAGUAGCCAAAUUUGGUGAAGAUCAUAAGGCUCGUACUGUUAGUUUUAAUUCGUUUGAGAUGAAAGCUAACUGCAGCUGCCAAUUGUUUGAAUAUUCCGGAAUUAUUUGCAGGCAUAUAUUAGCAGUUUUUAGAGCAAAAAAUGUUCUUACGCUGCCUUCUCAAUAUGUUUUAAAACGAUGGACGCGAAAUGCAAAAAUUGGGAUUUUGUCAGAUGAACGUGCUUCUGAAUUGCCAAACAGUUCUCAAGAAUCUUUAACUGUUCGAUAUAACAAUCUGCGGCAAGAAGCAAUUAAAUAUGUGGAAGAAGGGGCAAAAUCUAUUCAUAUUUAUAAUGUGGCUAUGGAUGCUUUACAAGAGGCCGCUAAGAAGGUUGCUGCUGCCAAGAGCCAAGCUUCCGCAUCCAUAGAUGGUAAUGCACUAACUAAUGGAGACACUCAAGAGUUGUUGGAAGCUGAAGAUGCUAGAACUGCAACCUACCAAUCCAUGGAUGAAAAGGAAAGUAAAAUCCGUGAAUUAACUGCUGAACUGGAGAAUACAAAUCGGAGAUGUGCAGUCUAUCGGGAAAAUCUGCUAUCUGUUUUGAGAGACAUGGAGGAACAGAAGUUAAAACUGUCAGUGAAGGUUCAAAAUGCAAGGCUUAGUUUGAAAGAAUAACAACUCUGUAAUUUGAUAUCUUUGUUGUGGAAAUUGAUAUGUGAAAUUAUCUUUGCACUUGGUUUUCAUCAGUUUGCCAAGAGCUUCUUCUUCCAUUGUAGGCGAGGGAGGAUACAAGCUUAUGGCAAGUCUGUGGAUUCUUUUAGGAACAACUUUUGGCAGUCUGAACUACAGAAUCUACUAGGAAAUAUUGAGAUAGAUAAUGAAUGAGAAAGAUAUCAGAUCUA